AUGCCAAAAAACAAAAAACAAAAAAACCCAGACCGUUCCAUUGGCUCUUUAUCCGGGAGAGGAGGAGAAAGAUGGGAGGACCUGCUCGAAUUCCUCAAAGCUGCUCAAAUUUCCUUCGAGCCGCCGUCGAGCGACGAACAUCCACUCGGCUACUUUUCUCCUUCGCCGAGCUCAAGCAAGCUCUUCGCUGAAACGAUGUUACGAGGUGUCGCUGUGUUCCUUCUGCUAGCUCUGGCUCUUUCUCGCGCAGAGGAGCUGCAGAGCAAGAGCAAAGUGUGUGCCAAUGUCUUCUGUGGGGCAGGCCGGGAGUGUGCGGUCAAUGAGAAGGGAGAGCCCAGCUGCCUGUGCAUAGAGAGCUGUAAGCCCCACAAGAGGUCAGUAUGUGGCAGCAACGGUAAGACCUACAGGAACCACUGCGAACUGCACAGGGAUGCCUGUCUGAGCGGACUGAAGAUCCAAGUGGCCCACGACGGACACUGCCGCGAGAAAAAGAGUGAACAGGCAGCUGCCAGCCCAGUGGUGUGUUACGCUGCAGACCGCAACGAGCUGAGGAACCGUGUGAUCCAGUGGCUGCAGACUGAGGUAGUCCCAGAUGGCUGGUUUGUCAAGGGCUCCAACUUCUCUGACAUCCUGGUCAAGUACUUCAAGUCGUACGACAGCGGCGAUUCCACGCUGGACUCCUCUGAGCUGCUCAAGUUCAUCCAACACAAUGAGUCAGUGGCGACUGAGAUGCAGUCCUAUGCCGACCAGGAUAGCAACGAGCUGCUUCGGAGUCUCUGCGUCGAUGCCCUCAUUGAGCUGUCCGAUGAGAAUGCCGACUGGAAGUUGAGCUUUGAUGAGUUUCUCAACUGCCUGAAGCCCGGAUUCAACCCGCCUGAGAAGAAAUGUGCCUUGGAGGAUGAGACUUUCGAGGACGGCGCAGAGACACAGGUGGAGUGUAACCGCUGCGUGUGUGCAUGCGGCAACUGGGUAUGCACUGCUAUGACCUGCACAGACAAGACAGCUGCUGUGGACGAGUCAACAGAUGAUGGUGCGGAGAUGACAGAGGAGGAGUGGAACCUCCGCGUGGCCGAGCUGAACAAACACCAGGAAACAGUGGAGAAAAUGAAAGCUAGCACAAAGGAGGCGUAAAUGAGGAUGUGGAAAACGAGAGGAUGCACACUACCACCCUUCCUCCAUACUUGACUUACCUUGCAGCCUGUGUGUUGUUCUGACUUUGACAUGUUUUCUGUGCUAUUAUAAUUGUUAUUAUUAUACAUUUUUUACAGUGUUAUGUUGACGUUGUUUGAUUACAGGGACUAUCUUAUGAUUCCCUAGUGUUCAGUACUGUCAUAUUUGAUUGUAUUAACUACUAUUGUACACUUCUUACUACAUAUUUUUUGCAGUUCUUAAGGUAAAAAAAAAAAACAGGACGUCAGUGUUUUAGAGAUUUAAAAGCAUUGGUUUCAUGGUUAGAAGCAAGGUAGUGGGAGGGUUCAACUGCAAGUUAUACAUAUAUACCAUACUCGACCAAUGCCCUCAUUUUAUUUCUCUUACCUUUCUUGAUUCAUUCAACCAACCAACCUGAGCUGUUUUGCAUGUUAUUAGGCAUUCUGUGACAAUUGUUUUUUUUUUUUUUUUUUUUUUUUUUUUUUUUUUAAGAAAUCUUGUAUUUACAGUUUCUUGGUGCCAUUUGAGUUGUAGCUUAUCAUGUUCUCACUCAGAUACACUGUAAGGGCAAAGGUAUUGGGACACUAACAUACUACUUUGUUGAUACAAUGUACAUCCCUCUCCGGGGUCUCUUCAUCUAUGUCUCUUUCAUACAUAUACAGUAGAUUGUUCGCACACAGAUCCUGCAUCAGAGCUGUAGCAGAAGACCCGAAAUUUAUCCAGCUUUGCCUUUUUACACGGAACGUCUGAAACCAAAGAUGUGCCGAAGAUGUUUUGAAUUAUGUACACAAAUUUCCAGGUAACAAAUUACUCUGGACCCAGCAACAACACUAUACCUUUCAAAAUUACUCUUUAAAAAAGGACUAGCCUUGCUUUUGUAAUUACAUAACUAACCGGAUGCGUGUGUUUUGUGUGUUUGAGAGAGCGGGUGUGUGUGUCUGCUGUUAAAUGUGCUUUUCUUUUUCGUAUCUUGAUUAGUUAAAAUCCUGCGUCUAAAUUAGGAAAAUAAAAAAAUAAAAAAUUG